AUGGACGUCGAUUCCUGUGUUCUUGCGUCCAGCGAUGGUGAAGGUCCGUUGUAUUCAACAUCGGUGCAAAUUCGAGUGAAGCCCUUGAAAUCUUCAUGGAAGAAGAAAAUGACAGAUAAAGAAAAAUUGACACGAUCGAAGCUUUUGCAGCAAGAAAUACGUGAUCGACAGCUUAAGGAAAAGCAAGAAAGAUUUGAAAGAAAGAAAGAACAGGAAAAACGUCGCAUUGAAAACGAACGAAAGGGAGAGGUUGUACAGGUAAUAAGGAAUACUGAGAAGGUGCGGAAAGCAAAAAAGAAGCAAUUGCGCCUCAUACAAAAACGGGAUACCAAUUAG